AUGUUCUUCUUGUGGCUUCUUCAAACAUUCUUUGUUGUUCAAGUUCUUGCUGAAAAAAAUAGCUCUGGUAGUAUCACCAGCUGGCCGUUUUUUAAUGAAACGGAAAACAUCAAGCUUAGUGGUAAUAUUACCGAAGAUAUCCUAAAUGCUCAAGUCGUCUAUGUUUCUGGCCGCGGAGUAUCUUCAGCAAGUCUUCAGAAUGUGAAAAACCAUACCAUAGUUCAAACGGAAGUUAUGACAGAAGUUUUAACUCCACUUCAAUAUAACUUACGACAUAAGAAGAAAACCAGAUUAGAUAUCCUGAACGAGGCUGCAAAAAAGUUUUCGCCAAUUUCUAAGAAGUCCGCAUUGGUGAACUCUACACGAUGGUCGUCUAGUAACUUUACAGCUCCUUCACAUAUUAAGAAACAUUUUUCCCGUGACACAGUUAUUUCGACCGAAGAGAAAGGCGUUUGA